CACCAGCAUAUGCUCGUAUGGAUAUGUUAUGUUCACAUGAGUUCAUUUCAUGUCUUGGCAUUCGUUUAAAUAAAACUUGUUCAAAAGUAAAUCAUGACCAUAACAGGAUUACGAUUGUAAUAGUACACCAAAGUUGUAUCCUGCAGCCAUUAACAAUGUAUUACAAUCAAACGUUGCAUAGAAACCUCCACUUUGAUCAUGGUUUGGAACUGUAAACUGCCUGUUUGGUUUAUGUUAAUGUGCAGAUUCUCCAAAUGGUAUGCCAAAAAUCAUGCCAAAAUCAAAAUCACCAAACAGUAUCGUUAGAUCAGCCGAGUGAUGUCAUGUAUUCAAUCGAGAUGGAUUGCAGUUCAACAAACUGGUUGCAAUGCACAAGACACGAACAAUAAAUGAUUCUGUCAUCCAAAUCAGCACUAAACAAUCUACCGAUACUUUGAAUAAACAUCACUUUGACUUUAUUCUCACUUGGUCCCUAUUGUCCCUACUAUCCCUAUGUCGUUAGCCGCAAGGGUUUUGAAAGACACAAUAUUGCCCUUUAAAUUUGGUGGAAACUGGCAUCGGAAAUACUAUGAGACUGAUUGCUUGUUGUGUAGUUGAACUCCCUUGUUUGGUGUUCCAUCUUACACGAGUACAGUUGUAAAAACAGUCUUUAGUUUUGACCCUUUAAUCAAUCCAUGUUGUAUAAAUAUCAAAACAAACUGCCAAAACUACCCAGUAUUUCGACACUAUCGGAAUAAAUUGCUGCUCGUCUGUAUUGUUCAUCUGGAUAGUUUACAAUGAAACAAGCUGUGAUUUUUGUGAUUUCUCUGUUGGCAGCCAUGUCGUCGGCUAUAGUUGUAUCGACUUCUGAAAGUCCAGCUCCAACAUUCGAACCAUCACCAUCGACAUCGACAUCAGGCUUAACAUCAGGUUUACGCCCACCUUUAGCUCCAAAGCCAGUAUUUUGGCCUCAUAGUGAUACUCGUGUCGCUAGUCUGUUUUCACGCUAUAAUACAAUUUUGGAACAAUACAAUUCGAAAACUGCUGAAUGUGAAAAUCUAAAACAAGAGUGCAAAAAACGCAAUAUACUUGUAAAUUCACAAACACUUUUAUAUACGCAGACUCUAGAUAAAUGCAUCCGUGAAAAAGAAUCAUCAAAGAAAAUGCGAUUGAGGGCCAUCUUCAAUUCUAUCAAAAAAAAUUUAAAAAAUACUGAGGAUUUGUACACUAAAUCCCUUGCGAAAAAAAUCCAUGUAUGUGGUGAAGCUAGUCGACUCGAAGCAAGAGUAAACGAGGUCAAGAUCCAGAACCAAAGACUUUUAUUCAAUAAUCGACAAUAG